GUAUUCCAUACAUAAUUAUUCUUUAAGUGCUGUCAAUUUCUUCAUUUGUAAUGAUUUCUUAUAAGUAUGUCUAUUGAGCAUCUAGGGUACCCCCCCUGCUGGUUGUUUCUAGCACUGCGGCCUGGCAGAUGUUUACUAUCCAUUCUGAAAUUCUCCCUGUCACAUUUGAUGACAUCACUUCCUGGUGCAGAGAGGAAGCUGUCAUUUCUGUAGUAACAGCCACAAUUCACUACACUCUGUAAAAUCCUCACCCAUCCUUGUUUCCAAGCAGGCCUAUCCAAGCAUCGUUGGGCUUAUUGCUGGAUGAGAUGCUAUUCUUGCGCCUAUGCAAAUAUUAUAGACGGUACCUUGAUUUUACGGCCAACCGAGCACAUCUUUUUAAAAGUAAAUGUUGAUUUGUGCGGGGGGCUUCAUGCAGAAUCCAUAAUGUCACUGAACCUGCCCAUUACUAGUGAGUCUGUCAGUGAUGAUGAGAAAGCUGAACAACUAGGACAGUCUUGUGAUUUCAAAAUCCAUUGCCCCUGGGUGUCAUCAAAAAAAAGAGAUGGGACGCCACACUGGGUGCAGAGUAUCAUUGGAGAACUUGAGCCUGAGAAACAGAGGGAACUUUUGGAAAGCCAGUCUUCAUCAAGAAACAAACAAGAUGAAAUACUGUUCCUGAACACAAGUCGGUCCCUGGAGACCUGCGAGGUGACAUGGCUGCUCAGUCCUGUUCUGACGGGAAGUUCUGAGAUGUGUCAACUUGAACUAAUUCUUUACUCACAGGAAGAUGCUCAGAUAACGGCAAUGGUGCAUAAUAUCAAAGCAAACCUCAGCUUGCCACUCUCACUCAAGGAAAUGACAGUCAACAAAAGAUCGAACUGGAAGAUGCUGAGUUCAGAGAUUACAGGAGUGAAUGAGCCAUUUCGGAUAUCGUUGGAUUACACGCAUUGUGACCGGGCAGCAGAUUAUUUUAUAGUCCUGGAGUCGCUAACCCUGAAACACUGUUCUGCUGCGGGCUACCAAGACAGUGAUGUGCCUACAUGUAUAGAGGAGACUUCAUUCUUUUGUGACAAUGGAGACUGUAUGAGUCAUGUCAAACUUUGUGACUUUAACUGGGAUUGCCCCACGGGUGAAGAUGAAGGUGCUCUAUGUGAAAUCAUCCUUCCUCCUGGAAGCUACUGUUCCUUUGAAGAUGGAACUUGCGGUUGGACUUCAUACGAAGGAAGUGAUGCCCGGUGGCUAUUCACUGACUCUGCACAAAUGGAAGACACAUCCCCCACUGACCUCAAGUUUGUGAAAGGGCAUUUUCUGUAUCUGUCUGUUCAGAGUAAAUAUAGUGAUGGUAACGCAACUACUUACAGUGCCAUGAUUCCUGUAGUGGUCCCUGAAAACGACUGCCAGCUUCGUUUCAAGUUCCUCAUAUCUGGGAUCUACAAUGGCUCCCUUGGAAUCUAUGGCCUGGAGGAGGAGAAAGAAUUUGAGAGUUCAGUGAAACUCUGGGUAAAGGAAGGGCCAUUGGGUGACUUUUGGAAUUCAGGAACACUACAGAUUCCCCAGUUUCAAAACAGAUUUCGCUUACUUGUAGUGGCAGUUUGGGGCUGGAACACCCACGCACACAUCGCUUUAGAUAAUGUCACCUUUUCAGCGGAUUGCUUUCAUGCAGGAAGAAUAGAAAUUGGAUAUGAAAAUCGUGGUUCAAUGGAUGACUUUGAAGACACAGUGACGCCUCUGUCUGAGCCCUUCUACACAGAAGAAAAUUCAGAACUCGAACUCCAAUUUACUACGUGCGGUGCCAGCGGACCCCAUGGACCGACUCAGACCCAAUGUGACAAUGCUUACCGCAACAGUAACAUAUCUGUAGUCGUGUGCAAGGAUGGUCCACUUAGGGGUCUACAGAUGUGGAAGGUCCCAUUCACCAGCACAUACCAAAUUUCUGCCUAUGGAGCAGCUGGAGGCAAAGGAGCAAAGAACCACAACAAUCCUGCCCAUGGGGUCUUCAUUUCUGCCAUCUUCCCUCUGCACAAGGAUGAGACUUUAUUUAUACUAGUGGGCCAACAAGGGGAAGAUGCUUGCCCAGGGAAAAAUGAACUGACCAGAGAAAUAUGCACGGGAAAGUCCUCCGUUAUCGAAGACAAUUACGAUGACCAGAAAAAGUUCUCAGAGUGGGCAGGUGGCGGAGGAGGAGGUGGUGGAGCAUCUUAUGUCUUCAAGGAGGUAAAUGGAGAAUUUAUACCAUUACUGGUGGCAGCUGGAGGUGGAGGGAAAGCCUACUUAGAAGAUACAGAAGAUCCUUUAGACCUGACUCAGCCGGAGAGGUUUGAAAACAAUACAGCCGUGCCUGGCCUCAAUGGCAUGUCUGCAGCAGCAGGUGGAGGGGGCGGAUGGAACGAAAUAACCGAUUUGCCUGUGGCUGGAAAAUCCCUUGUGUUUGGGGCAGAAGGAGGGCAGUCAUGCUACAAAGCAAUAAUAAAACUACAGUGGCAUACAGCUGGUGGAUUUGGUGGUGGAGGAGGUCCCUGCACCUCUGGUGGUGGAGGAGGAGGAUACCAAGGUGGUAAUGCCUCUGAACUGGAUGAAAUCUUUUCUGAUGGACAAUACGGCGUCUCCUUUUUUCAUCCAUCUGUAAAAAUCUUCCUGCAUCCUUUGGCCGCUAUGGAGGGCCAUGGAGAAGUGCAAAUUAAACUUUUCGUAAACUGUAGCCACUGUCAUACUGACAAUUGUAAGAGAGACGCAAUCAGCAGGAACGUUGUGUGUCUUUGCGACAUUGGGACUGUGCUCGCCAGCGAUAACAUCACCUGUAUAGUUCCAAAAUGGGCAAUAGCCGAGAAACAACUCCCACUCUCGCUAAUUUUCGCUGUCCUUAUAGCGACGGUCAUUCUUGGUGUCAUCUUUGCCUGCGGAAGCCUGUCGUUUGUUUAUCACCGUAAGAAAAAACAGCUGGAAGGAGCACGAGUGCGACUGCAGAGCACAGAGUACAAACUGAGCAAGAUCCGUAGCUCUAUCAUCAUGACAGACUACAACCCGAACUACUGUUUUGCAGGGAAGGGAGCCGGCCUGAGUGAACUGAAGGAAGUACCUCGCAAGAACAUUACUCUGCUUAGAGCCCUGGGUCAUGGCGCUUUUGGCGAGGUUUACGAAGGGAUGGUUGUUGGGAUUUCUGGAGAUCCGAACCCACUUCAAGUAGCUAUAAAGACACUACCAGAAAUCUGCUCUGAACAAGAUGAAAUGGACUUUCUCAUGGAAGCUUUGAUAAUCAGUAAAUUCAGUCACCAGAAUAUCGUGCGCUGUAUUGGAGUGAGCCUCCAAACCCUUCCUCGUUUUAUCCUGCUGGAGCUCAUGUCAGGUGGGGAUAUGAAGAGCUUCCUCAGGCACAAUCGUCCAUGGCUUAACAAGCCUUCUACCUUAUCAAUGCUAGAUCUGCUGAAUAUGGCCAGAGAUAUAGCUUGUGGCUGCAAAUACUUGGAGGAUAAUCACUUUAUCCACAGGGACAUAGCGGCCAGAAACUGCCUUCUAAUGUACAGUGGGACAGGACGUGUGGCCAAAAUCGGUGACUUUGGAAUGGCACGGGACAUUUACAGAGCAAGUUACUAUCGCAAAGGAGGGAGAGCCAUGCUACCAGUGAAGUGGAUGCCUCCAGAGGCUUUUCUAGAGGGAGUCUUCACCUCUAAAACUGACACUUGGUCUUUUGGAGUUCUGCUCUGGGAGAUCUUCUCGUUGGGCUACAUGCCAUACCCAUGCAAAACUAAUCAGGAAGUGCUGGAAUUUGUCACCAGUGGUGGGCGCAUGGACCCCCCUAAGAACUGCCCGGGGCCAGUGUAUCGUAUAAUGACUCAGUGUUGGCAGCACACACCAGGGCAUAGACCCAACUUCUCCACAAUUCUAGAAAGGAUCAGUUACUGUACACAGGAUCCGGAUGUAAUUAAUACACCGUUGCCAAUUGAAAGUGGGCCAGCACCUGAAGAUGAAGGAAGCACAAGUAUACGGCCAAACAACUGCAAUGGGAUCAACCCCAUGAUGAGCAGCCCACCACUUGCUCCUUUGUUGGAUACACAGUCCAUAGAACAAAAGCUUGGCGAUGCUCCUCAAGAAUUAUUAGUAGAGAAUCUCGCUGGUUGGAAUAUCAAGACACCAGGCUUGCCAACUGUCGCCGAAUCAACUGAGGGAUCAUGGUUCCAAUCAAACCUCAACUCAACAACAGAGCCAAACCCCCAGACAACACACAAACUAAAAAACAAGUCAAAAAACCUCUGGAACCCAACUUAUGGUUCUUGGGUUAUGGAGAGCACCUGUUGACACAUUGAUGAACAGCAAAGCUGUGACCACUCAGGUUUGGACCUUAGAACUGUGGGUUUUAUCUCAGCCUUUGGGCGUCUUUAGCAUUUCCAAAGAAAACUCACCAUUUUUGUUAACAUUACACACAGUGGUGUUGCUAGGCUAGUGGAGACUUGGGUCACAGGCCCAUGGGCCAAUGAUGCUACUGCAUGUUACACUUUCACAAUGCAGAGUGAAUGCAGACAGCUACUAAGUUAUAUUAGAAAGCAGUAGGGGAGCAGAUUAAAAUGAUCAUCGAGACCCAGAGCACCUUGCACGGGGCCUAAUGCAGGGACCCCAGGUUUCCGAGUCUCAGUUGCCCGGACUUGAUGGAAGACAUGGACCUCAGACGUUCCCAAACAGCACUGUGAAUUUUACGUUUUCAACUUUCAGACGUCAACACAUUGGGUCUCGACCUCACAUUUAAGAAAUUAAAAUCUGAUAAAUAUAUAUUAUAUAUAUUUUUUACUUUUAAGGUUAUGUUUGAAUUGAAUGGCAAUAAGGUACUUAAAAUGCUAUCAAAUAAAGUACAGGCUUACUGGA